AUGACAAACACCCUUGAUCUCAGCGUAUUUCUUGAUGGCCCAUCCAAAAACCAUGACAGGGAAAAGCAGACAUUUAUCGAGGAAUUUUGGCGCCAGCCGCUUGGGGAAACACACAUUGAAGCGUUUUCUGCUUAUUUCGAAUUGCUUCAGCGAGAAGUCUAUGCUCUAUUAGACACCAAAAGCUUCGACCUGACUAGUCUAGAUUUCGAGCAUGUCUUGACGAUACGAGAUGCCAUCUUGCGGCAUUGCCCAGAUACUCAAGAAACUCUACGGCAAGACGUGGUAGAGCAACUCGAAGCACUGAACUUACCCGAGGAGGCCAUUUCUCUUGCGAUUAUGUUUGUCAUCAGGCUGCUGCUCAUGAUAAAAGUCAAACAAUACAAUGGGAGCAUUAUUGCUCAGUCGCAUCUAUUGCAAAUAUCUGAUACUCAAAGUCUGAAGUCAAUCGUUGAUACGAUACAGACAGCACCAUCAUUAGGGUACUGGAAUACAAUAAAUGGAUUUCCGCCAUGGUUCAACGUCAUUGAUCUAGAGAAAAAGGCAGGGUUGAGGAUUGAUUGGACCCAUUACAUUACAGAGCAUCUUACAGUCCAAGGCGACAUCCUAUACCUUUUCUGCAAUAUCCAGGCUCUGCAACAUAUUAAGUGCGCUCAAGGAUUGACAUCUAAAUUCUUCAAGGAAGAAUUCAUAAACGAAACAGUGAGAACGGUACACCUAUUCUUCCCCGAAGCACCCCAUGGCUAUUCAUCCUCCCAGUAUCUAACAUGGUUCCACAAACAUGGGGAAAUUAAAUUGUGGCAGAGGUCAUUGGCAAGUUUGAAUACUCCAACGGUCUCACGCCUCUACAACGAAUAUCCAGUAUGGAACCAACGACUGGCAUGGGUGCUUGAGGCGUCUAAGAACCAGCCCAAUAUGGGUAUCAAAAGAAUCUGGCAGGACGAUCGCGACCUGAGUCUGUGGUGGACGAGGUCGUCUAUGCCGGGAGGGAAUAGUGUAUCUCAUUCGCUUCAGAAUCGACGUCAAGAAGCUGUUACAGUCCAUAAUAGUCAAAUUCUAUCAGAGAUGCUUGUGAAAUUCCCAUAUGGGAGUCCGUCGACACACUGCGAAGACAGAGACAACUACGAGAGAAUUGACUACAGGGAUUGGACUACAUUCUGUGUCGAAGAACCAUGA